CGGUUUUUUUUGUACUCUAUUUUGAGUUUUGACAGCAGUUUGAAGUUUCACUCGUCAAAAUUCAUUAUUUCUAAAUAGGGCUUAAAUAUGUCCUUAGCUAAAAUAUUUUCCGUAACUACGCGAGUGCGCGCUUGCGGCGCACUGAGCCGCGCGUACAGCGCGCCGGCGGGCAAGGCGGCAGGCGAGUACCCGCUGCAGGAGAAAGGCUACAUGUACGUGAACGCCGAGCCGCAGGACAUGUCGUUCAAGGCGCUGUCCGACAAGGCUGCACAGACCAUGUUCUGGACGGAGCUCGCCAGAGGCUUCGCUGUCACCUUGGCUCAUAUAUUUAAGGAACCUGCAACCAUUAACUACCCAUUCGAGAAGGGGCCACUGUCCCCGCGGUUCAGAGGGGAACACGCGCUGCGCCGCUACCCCUCCGGCGAGGAGCGCUGCAUAGCUUGCAAGCUGUGCGAAGCUAUCUGCCCCGCGCAGGCCAUCACGAUCGAGGCGGAGGAGCGCGCCGACGGCUCGCGCCGCACCACGCGGUACGACAUCGACAUGACCAAGUGCAUCUACUGCGGCUUCUGCCAGGAGGCGUGCCCGGUGGACGCCAUCGUGGAGGGCCCGAACUUCGAGUUCUCGACGGAGACGCACGAGGAGCUGCUCUACAACAAGGAGAAGCUGCUGCUCAACGGCGACAAGUGGGAGGCCGAGAUCGCCUCCAACAUCCGCGCCGACCAUCUCUACCGCUAAACUGUCAACAUCCGCGCCGACCAUCUCUACCGCUGAACUGUCAACAUCCGCGCCGACCAUCUCUACCGCUGAACUGUCAACAUCCGCGCCGACCAUCUCUACCGCUGAACUGUCAACAUCCGCGCCGACCAUCUCUACCGCUGAACUGUCAACAUCCGCGCCGACCAUCUCUACCGCUGAACUGUCAACAUCCGCGCCGACCAUCUCUACCGCUGAACUGUCAACAUCCGCGCCGACCAUCUCUACCGCUGAACUGUCAAGUGCCCACCUAUCUCGCAUAGCUUUAGGAGCCGACUUGCACUGAGCUCUUGAAGAUAUUCUUCGGUUUAAAGACAUGUUUUAUCGUACAUGAAAUGUAUUUGGGUAUUUCCAAAAGGAAAAAGCAAUACAAGUGAAAGAAACUUCUAAAAAGAAACCUUUAUUAGCUUAUUACUUUACGUGAUUUUCGGGAUUACCCAAUUUCCAAAGGUACGCGAAUACCCUUUAGUGGUAAAGUCAGCCUUUAGUUAGUUAAAAUAAUGUUCAAUUUCAUCUAGCCGGUGGUACAAGUGUUUCACUAGCUGUAGAAAUGAUCCAUGUGACAGCUGUAAGUAAUAAAUGUAAAUAUUUGAGCUCGGCGCAAAAUAGCUCUUAAAUAUAGAAAUAUUAAGUUAUUCUUUUGUGAUAAUAAAUCAAUAUCUCAGUUA